GCUUAGCUGCUCAACUCAUCGAAAGAUGACAAGUCUGGGAGAAUUCAAUCUGAUGAGCCAUAUAUAAUGACAAGCACCCAGCUCUUAAUUAAUUACAGCACGUUUCAUUUAAAUGGAAGCCAAAAGGUAUCGAAACACAAAUAAACAAGUGCCAUUAAAAUUAUGAACGCGUUCGAGAUAUAAAACUAAUAAAUAAUGCCAAAUAAAAUGUCAAUACUAUUUUUUAACAAUCAGUGCGUAUUCGGCGCGCUUCGAGUGCUGAUCGCUGUCGGAAAUUUAACUAAAAAUUUAACAAUAAAAAAUUGAAUGUAAAUUUGUGAAGCGAACAAUCCUUACACAAUGCUGUUUUUGCGCACUCAAGAGAAACACACUGAUCAGGAGCUGUUCAAAAUCAAACAAUUGCGUCAGCUGGUGGAGAAGUCUAAUGAGUUGCAGGUCGGCACGGAUGAGAUAUUUUUAACGAAAUUUCUAUGCUACACAAACUGGGAUACAUUUAAGGCCUUUCAGGCCAUACACGCCUACUACGAUUUUAAGCUAAAACAUCCCACCUGGGUGGCACUGCAUCCCAUUGAGUUUUAUGCUCGGCUUUUCUAUGCAACACAGUGUCGGUUCGUCAUGCCGCAUACGGAUAAGAAUGGACGUGUGCUGGUCAUCUUUAAGACAGUGGAUGCAUUCCAACAGUUUCCAGAUUAUUUGCAGCAUUUAAUCGAAAUGGAUGAUCUCAUCUUUGAGUCGUUGUUGAUGUUGCCGCGCGUGCAACAGAAUGGCAUAACGGUCAUUUGUGAUUUACAGGGCACCACACGCAACUUUCUGCGUCAGUUCUCGCCCACAUUUAUGAAGAUCGUCAACGAGAAGAAUUCGGUUCUGCCUUUUUCGCAGCGAAUUGUUCACAUCAUUCAGCGUGGAUUUCUCAUGCAUGUGACAUCGUCACUCUUUCUGCCCUUUAUGAAUAAAGAUUUUAAGGAGCGCAUUUUCACUCACGAUGGUCGGCAUUUGAACAAGCUGCGCGAUAUGAUUGGAAUGGAUUGUUUGCCAGCAGAAUAUGGCGGGCCAGCAGUUAAUGUGCUCGAUACGAAUUUGAUUGUCAAUCAUUUGAGCCAAAAUUCGGAUUACUUGGAGAACUUGCAGCACUAUAAAAAGCUUAAAGAUAAUUAAACACAAACAACAAAUAGAUCUAAAAAAUUAUUUAAAUUUGAGUAGAAGCAAUAAAUAGCAUAUAUACUUAUAUGCUAUAAACUGAAAUCCAAAAAAUAUUUAUAUAUAUGUCUCACGUACUCAAUUAAAAUUAUUAUGCAAAUUAAAU